AUGAUAAACGAGCCAAAGUCAGAACCGGCCGUCGACGAGAAGGAGACGCAAAAUGAGGCCGUUUCUGCUGCUGAGGGCGGAAAUGACUCUGAUGUCUGUUGGAUUUGUGCUGAACCGGUUAAAUUCUACUCGUUAUCCGAGUGCAACCAUAGAACGUGUCAUGUAUGCGCACUGAGGCUUCGUGCACUUUACAAGAAAAUGGAUUGUACAUUCUGCAAGCACCCUCAAGCUAUGGUUAUCUUUACAUCGUCUCCAGACUCUCACUUCGAAGACUAUAAUCCAGACGAAAUGACCUUCAAAGAUCCAAAGCUAGCAGUAGUCUUUGAAACUCGGGACAUGAUGGAAGAGACUCUAAUUCUUCUUCGUUUCAACUGUCCCGAUGAAGAAUGCCCGUUUAUUGGUAAGGGCUGGAAUGAUCUUAAGGUGCAUGUUCGUGCGACUCACAAUAAGCAACUAUGUGACAUUUGUAUUCGCCACAAAAAGGUGUUUUCCCAUGAACACACUCUUUACACUCUGGCGCAGCUUCAAGUACACGUUCCAUCCAUGCCUCAACGCGGUAAGGGAGCGGGCAAGGAUAAAGAAAAUCCCGUGGGCGGGAUUCAUCCUUUUUGCGAAUUUUGUAGAGGAUGUUUCUUUGGUGAUGAUGAGUUGUUCUCGCACAUGAGAGAGAGACAUGAGGAGUGUUUCGUUUGCAAGCGCGGGGGAGUUCGUGAUCAAUAUUUUCUUGAUUAUAGUAACUUGGAACAACAUUUCAACACUGCUCAUUAUGCGUGCAAUCAACCCGCAUGCCAAGCACGGAAAUUUGUUGUCUUCGGUUCUCUGAUGGAUCUGAAAGCGCACAUGGUAGAGGAACACGGUUCUAGUAUGUCUACAAGGGACAUGAAGGAAGCAAGGAGAUUGGAGACCAACUUCGAAUUUGACGAUCAUAGAGGGACAAAUGGAAGGAGAAGAGAGCGAGAUAGGGAAAGGCCUGGUGGCCUUCCAACUCCCCCGCGCGAUUCCACCCCUCCUCCUAGGCCGCCGGACAGACGUAGAGAAGGAUUCGGGGCGUCACUGACAGGUCAAAAUGUUUCAGGCUCUGGCAUUCCGUCCCUCAGAAAUGAUUCUUUCCCUUCAUUGCCCACUGAGGACGUUGACCCCGAGACUGCUAGUCGUCAUGCUGCAUUCAUGGCCCGUGUCGCAAGCGUCACUUCGAAUUCGUCCUCGGCGGAAGCGUCAGUCCGAUCAGCCAUAAGGUCCUAUCGCGCAUCUGAAUCCGCAGCACGAGAUCUUAUUACAACUUUCUACAACAUCGUCGACAGGGACUUGGAAGCAACAGCGAGUUUGAUUGUCCCUUUACUUGAUCUUUUGGACGAUGAGGAGAAGAAGAGGGAACUUCUUCAGUCAUUCAAUGGUUUCAAGAUUGAGCAACGUCAACAAUUUCCCGAUCUUGUUGCUGGCGGGCAAGGUGCAGCUUAUGCCGGGGUGGCCAGUGGGCGUGUGCUCAAUGUCAAGCAUUCGACGCAAGCACGAGGGAACGCUGGCCGAAUCUGGGAUCGAGUUGCUCGUGCCGCGACAUCAUUGUCCGCCGUUCCUGGUGCGGCUGGUCCAUCAUCGCGGCCGGCCGACCGUUUCCCAGCACUACCAGCUGUUGUACCGGGUCCAGCUACGUCGACGCCUGCUUUCCGUCAGCCUCAACGAUCUACUCCAUGGUCAUCUUCAUCCUCCUCUGCAGCUGUUGCCUCGCCCCCUGCGUCUUCUAAUCGUGUCUUUUCAGAAAAGGUGAACAAGGUGACACCUGGUGCUUCCGCUAACUUGUCAAGUGCUGCAUUCCCUUCUCUUCCCACUGCUCCUCCACGCAACAAGCUUCCGAUGAGUGGCAAUAAGUCGUUACGGAACAUCAUUGGAAGUGCUGCUCCCUCUGCUAACGCAUGGACUGCUAGUGCCGACGAUCCUGCAGGGGCACCAGCGACUGAAGGGAACUCCGAGGAGGCAACGGUCAAUGUAUCAUCUCAACAGAAGAGAGGGAAGAAGAAAGGCAAAGAAAAGGUCACAUUGUUCACGUUGGGUACAUUUCCUACAUAG